CAGAGUUAUCUACCUUGUUUGUAUACGUAUCUACUUAAGUGAGAGGGCGUAAAGUGUCACUUCCGUCUACGUUGCACACUCCUCAGCAUUCCAGUUCUCGGAAGAAGGACUUCAAACUAAACAAUAUGGCUGUUUCUACAAGUUCUACAAAUGUUGGUGCUGGUCGUGGGCCAAGUUCCAAGUCUGUUGCACCCCGAACCAGUGGUAGUAGUGUUCGGCAAAGAAAAACGACGACAACUACAGCAAAACGAUCUGCAACUACAGCUGGAGGUGGUGGUGCUGGGAUGUGGCGGUUUUACACUGAAGAUUCUCCAGGAAUUAAAGUAGGUCCUGUGCCUGUCUUGGUAAUGAGCCUGCUCUUCAUAGCUUCUGUGUUUAUGCUACACAUCUGGGGUAAAUAUACUCGUGGCUAAGAGACAACAGAACAUAAUAUCCAAUCACUCAUGCACUCUAUAUCAGUGAACUGGUUACCAACAUUACCAUUUUAUAUGUCCGUUCAUUUACUGUUUCACCUCCUCAUUUAAAUUGUAUUUUUUCUCAAGAGGGGGUGGCAUGUAAUACCAAAGUGAAAGAUUUUAUCAAUGGUCCUAACAUUUUAGGGAUUGCUGGAAAAAUAAAAGAACUGAUUUGAG